GAACGCAUCCUACCAGGUCGCUAGAUCGACCUAUCUGUAGGACCCGGCGUAGCAAGACCUUUUCAGAGAACAACCAGUAUAGCGCCAUCAUUAUAGCCUGUGACACAUAUAUCUUCAUAUCUUAAGGAAGUGUCACUCCAUUCAUUAGUUGUUUUAUUCACGAAGCUUCGGCGUCCUGGGGUCCCGGAGAUGAGUGACGAUAUCGUGCAGUUAUACGGACCUGGUCUAUCCUUUUAUCUGGCUCACGGAAAGUCUUUAGCACGAAUGAAUACGCCCGUGGGAUCGUCCGGCAUGUCACUUGGGGAUGUCGCUGCUUCCACUGUGAUGAGAUCGAAGAGGUCAAUCGGCAUCCGGAAUGGAAGCAACACAGACAUACGAACCUCGAACGCCUGCCAGAGAUACUCAGCUACUCUGAAGGCAUUGCAUGCCAGCAAUGGACUACUAGAAAGAAGAGCAAAAAAGCUAAGCGACAACCUUGUUGAGCUCGAGCUAGACGUCAUGAGAGUCCAAAGCCACAUAGCCUCUCACGGGGAGCUUCUGAUGGCAUGGCAAGCCGAUAUCCUCACGCGUCUCGUCGAGGUUGUGUACAAACAGAGUGGGUGGAAGAUGCCAGGAGGUAUCACUGCCAGUUCUCAUGAGGGCAUGGAUGAAGCGAGAGUCACUCUGCUGUAUAGGACUGCGGCGCGGAAGAUCAAAAAGGAGACGUUGAGGAGGAAUUUCGGCCUUUCAGUGCAAUACUAUCUUGCCCUGCAAAGGUAUGAUGAGGUGAGUGUUCUAUUGUUUGAAACCAUUGUUAGUCUUCGGUUUUCCCUCUGUCUAACCUCAUUGUAGAUUGUCUGCUUUCGAAGCAUCAAUCGGACUCGUUCAGAGUGCACGUUCGCUCGAUGGUUAAUGUCGCAAAAGGAGACUCACGGUCAAAUCGGUUUGUUCAAUUUCUGGGCCAGAUUGUUUCCCUUGUGCUACGGUCGGACCGUGAAAGAAACAUCAGAGAUGUUCUAAUGAUUUGAGAGAGGGUGGAAGUUCCUUCAUUGAUUCAUUAAUGCGUUCAUUUUCCACUGCAACUGGUUUCGAUGACUAUUUUGAGCGUCGGAAGUUGCACCAAUAAGGUUCAUCCAUGGUCGGCUCUGUGGCCUCAGAGUCGCUGGGUGAGACAUUUUAGAUAACUUGUUUCUCGUUUAUUGAAAGAGGAGAUUGCGCUGGUCCUGGGCGAGAGGCCAGAACGAAGAUGCUUUGUAUUCUCAUUAGGGCAGACUGGAAGAUGAAUUGGUUUCAUGUCU